GCAGGGGGAGCUCUAACUUAUCUCUAUAUCUCUGCUGUUGGUAAUGAAUGUGUACGGCUAACAAGCUGGUAGCUUUGGCAAUGUUGUCACUUUCAGAAUGUCGUCGCAGCGGGACACCGGAGAACUUGCUCGGUUUUAUACUGUCACGGACCCUAAAACGCACAAGAAAGGCUAUACUGUGUACAAAGUGACCGCUAGGAUCAUCUCUAGGAGAAACCCAGAAGAUGUUCAAGAGAUAACAGUGUGGAAGAGAUACAGUGAUUUCCGGAAGCUUCAUCAGAAUCUCUGGCAGCUUCACAAGAAUGUAUGCAGCCAGUCUGAGCUGUUUCCUCCGUUUGCCAAGGCCAAAGUCUUUGGUCGUUUUGAUGACUCGGUAAUUGAGCAAAGGCGACAAUGUUCCGAGGAUCUGUUACAGUUCUCUGCUAAUAUACCUGUUCUCUAUAGUAGUCAGCACAUUCAAGAUUUCUUCAAGGGAGGUGAGGUCCACGACGGCUCGGAGCUCAUUGGACCACCUGAGCCCUACUCUGACUUCCUGGUUGACAGUUUAUCAGACUGCAGCUCUGAUGUUCAGAGAGACAUCAGUGGCGCAGAUGAUUUGACUAUCACAUCUGAUUAUGGAGGCCCAUCCAGUGACAGUGACCUGACGUCCCUGGCUGUAGAUACGGACUCAUUAGCAGAGCUGGAUGAUGGCAUGGCCUCAGGCCGCACCUCCCCAAACCAACCACUUGGGGGAGCCACCAACAUUAGUAGUAGCUGCAGCCCUCGUUUGCCCCCUCUGCAUGAUCGCCGUACCCCAUCUCCUGCCCCAGUCCCUGCCUCUUCUGCUCCUAACCCGGAGGUCACCUGGCCAGGCCGAGCACCACUGAAAAAAGCCAGUGGUGGAAACCCAAAGGACAUAAAAUCAGACUACCUGGACAAAGCCAAUGAGCUUAUCUGUUUGGCUGUGCAGAAGGAAAAACAGGAAGAUUACCAGGCAGCGUUUUCCUACUAUCGCAGUGGUGUGGACCUGAUCCUGCAAGGAGUGCAAGGUGAGCCCAGUCCCACGAGGCGAGAGGCAGUGAAGAAGAAGACUGCUGAGUAUCUGAUGCGUGCAGAGCAGAUAUCUAGUCAGCAUCUGGGAAGCAACAUGGGUCAAGGAUCAACACAGACAGUGGCUUUGGGGGCAAACUGCUGCCCAUCCACUAGCAGAGGAGGCCAGCAGAGUCUGGCCGAGGAGCUGAGAGCUUAUAGAGUCCUGGGAGUCAUCGACAAGGUCCUUUUAGUUGUGGACAAGCGAACACAGGAGACCUUCAUCCUAAAAGGUCUGAGGCGGAGCAGUGACUGUGGACAAACUAAAAGGACCAUCAUGCCUCAUUCUGUGCCCCACAUGGUGCAGCUGAGGAAGUUUAUUGUGUCUGAAGACACGGUUUUCCUUUUGCUGCACUAUGCUGAAGGUGGAAAACUUUGGUCUCACAUUGGAAAGUACCUGCAUAAUUCCAACCUGGAGGAGAGCUUUGAUAUUCCUUUCAUCCAGAAGAGCCACACGGCGGCUGUGUGUUCUCCACAGCAUGCUGUCCCACAGCUGGAUGCAGGUUCAGCCAGCUCUGGUUCUGGGCCUCUUACCGGUUCUGGUUCUCACGUUGGGCUACAAAAGGAAGAAGGAAAGGGCACGGCAUCUCCUGUUAAAAGGGUUUUCCCUGCUAGGCUCAUUGAACCGAGUGGGCAGCAGUCAGACUCUGGGGCCACGUCGGAGGAAGAAUGCACCAACAGUUAUUUAACACUUUGCAAUGAGUACGAACAGGACAAAGUAGAACCGGAUGCACUGGAGGAGGGGGAGGAGGAGGAGGAGAAGAGCGAACAGGAAAUGUUAUCACUGGAGGUUCCCACUGCGCUGACCGCCACCUCCUCGCGUAGUCGCUCACUACCGAGCAACGACAGCCUCUCUUCACCCAUCAGCUCUCAGGAACUCGGCUUCCUCACGGAGUCUUCUGACAAAAGUGGCCACACCUGUGACAAUGAGAAGUACUUUGGCGAAGCACAGGACACUAGCGAAGUUUUCAGCCCACUACCGUCCCCCGCUCUGCCUCUGUCUUUGGACCAGUCGAAACACACGCCACUGGAGUUUUUCCGCAUUGACAGCAAAGACAGUGCUGGUGAGGUGACCUGCCUCACCUUAGGGGAGCAGCGGGUCCCUCAUAAGCAGCAAAAGCAGGUCCCUUUCUUUCCUACAGCUGAUCUCGACUCUGAUGUGACAGAGGAUUUGCCAGACUUCAAAGGCCACAGCUCAGAGUCUUGGGGGCUAGACUUUAGUGAUAAAGGCUCUAAUGAAUCAGUACCAGUGAUCUCAUUUAAAGAGGCAGUUGUGGAGGAUGAGGGUCAUCCUCCAGACCUUUUGGUUAAUCUUCCUAUAACAAGUGGCACUGUUGACCCUUUACAGGUGGAAUUUGAGACGUCUGGGGCUUGUCUCCUUGAGGCCACAGCCUCUCCUCAGAAGUUUGUCCAGCCGGAUGUUUUACAGCUUCAUAGUCAGCCUGAUGAAGAGGAACAAGAGCUUUCCUCUCUGUGCGCAGCCUCUGCGACCCAUGAUAUAAGUGUUGCAUCUUCAUCUCCUUUCAACUCACUGUGGGAUGACUACAGUCUGGCAUUUGGGCAAGAUGCCUCUGACAAAAUGGUGGUUGAUCCUGAAAGCCAAAAUACUGACUUCUCCCUUGAUGUAGCUGCACAAGAUGAUUUUACUAGUGAGAAACUGAAGACCUUUACAAAAGCAAACGCUGAUUUGGUUCCAGACUCCAGCGGCAAUAACGCAGGCUCCAUCCCAGCCACAAAUGGGACUGGGGUCUGUGAAGUGGUUGCAAAUUUAUUAGGCCUUGAUGGCGAAUCCUCAGGGGGUAUUAGUAGUACAGGUGGCACUGAAUUUGAUAAAGAAGUAUCGCGGCUGUUCGCAGAGCUGGACGAGCUGUCGUUGGCUGCAUCCCAAGCUCGUAUCCCGGAGGACUUCGUGCGAUGUUGGGCUGUGGAGAUGGUGACAGCCCUCGAUUCCCUGCAUCAAGAGGGCAUUAUCUGUCGAGACCUAAACCCCAACAAUAUCCUGCUUGACCACCAAGGCCACGUUCAGAUUACCUACUUCUGUAGCUGGUGCGACGUGGAGGAGUGCUGCGACAGGGAUGCCAUCGCUAAUAUGUACUGUGCACCAGAGGUGGGAGGCAUCAGCGAAGAGACGGCAGCGUGCGAUUGGUGGAGCUUGGGCGCCAUCCUGUUCGAGCUGCUGACUGGCAUGUCGCUGCUCCGGUGCCAUCCAGCAGGAAUCAGCCGCCACACGACGCUCAACAUCCCCGAGUCUGUUUCAGAGGAGGCCAGAUCUCUGCUUGAGCAGUUGCUCCAGUACAACCCAACGGAGAGACUGGGUGCCGGAGUGGGAGGCGUAGACGAUAUCAAGUCCCACCCAUUCUUUGCCAGAGUGCACUGGCCCACAUAGAUGCUGAACUCAGUGCAGCUGAAGGAACCCAGAGUUUCUAAAUGGAAAACUGACCGCUGUGACAAGCAGACUCCUCCAACACAGUAAAUCCUAGAACAUGCUUAUCUGCACAAACAGAUUCCCUUCCUCGCACAGCGUUCCUUCCUUCAUCUCAUAGGAGGUUUACCAUGUAACUUUGUUGGUGCAGGGAACACUUGAUAUGUGUAGUGCAAUAAUUUAUAUGGUAAGUACUUGUGCUGGGUGACGAGCCACUACAAUCCUGUCACUUCUGCACCUCUCGGUAUCAGGAAGCCAAAAUGACACGACUGAGACUGACAGGUGACAUUUCUGUGGUGUUCAAACUAAUGCAAAUUUAAGUUGUAAACAUUGAUGUGCAUUCAUAUGAUCUAUAACACAUUUCAUUACGUCCUUUGACAUUACAUGGACACAGAUUGGGCGUUGUUUAGUUCUGGAGUUGUGUUGUUGAGAAAUGGAUAUUUCUUAUUUAAACAUUGAACUUUUACUGCCACCCAGCUCACAUACGGUACCAGAAAAGAACACUAUGCAAAGCCAAUGAACACAGGAGGACUUCUGCUUUUGACUGGAGAGAAUUUUAUUUAUGAAUAAUUUUUUAGUGGCUCAUAACUGCAGGUCAGGCCAGUUAAACAAAUAAAGACUUCUUUUCUGUGCUGACAGUGAGAGGAUGAACCUUGAACCACCAGCCCUUUUAAGAUAUUGCUGUUUUUAGGAAUAUCGCACAAUGCAUUUUCUGCAUGCAGGAAUAUGAUUUAUGUAAUAUAUUUAUUCAAAAAAAAGUCUAUCAAACAGUUGAUGUCUUCUCAAAACAGUCUAUUCUAGCAUGUUAUGCUGAGCAAACGUAGACACUUCAGUGACUGUCAAAUCCUUUUUUUUAUGUCUGAGCGACACCUUCGCUAACCUGCCUCAGAUCUUAUUCAAUAUGUCGGCUGCAUCACAGGCUGGAUAUCAUCUCCUGUAUAAUCAGAUCAGACCUCUGCAAACACUGGAGCCUAUAUCAAACUGUAUUUCCAUGAGAUUGUCUAACUGCACUCGUAAUCACUCCACCGCCACUUGUACUGCACUGCCGUCCGAUAUGUGUUGAGCAACAUGUUGAAUUUCUAACUUCCAAGAUCCAUGAACCACCCCUUCACUUUCAGCAAACUCCAACUGUGAUGUUAGAUUUGUUGUGUUCCUACUGAAUGCUCAGCCUGCUGUUCUGUAGUCUGUUCUGUCGCCACAUUCUGAAGAACAAUAAACCUGGAUGAGUAUGUGAA